UUACAGCGCUUCCUGCUGUUUUAUUGUCUGUCUUGACAAGUUACACAAGCUUCUGUUUGACAAAUGCACAGCACCUGGGCUCACAUAUAUAACACACUCACUGGAGGUGAAUACAGAGGGGGGGGGACAAUAAAACCUGUGGAAAAACAACCGUUUAAGAUGUACAAUGUCCAUCUCACUUUUCUUCUCUAUGCAAUUACAAAGCAAUGGCUUUUAUAAAAGGAAAAGAGACUUGAAACCACAUGGAUGGUACAAAGUCUCUCCUUUGUACUCCUACUUAUAUACAAAUUAAUUUUAAUAAGCUGGUUAAUCUGAUAUUAUUUUGCUAAACACGCAAGAGACAGCGCCCUGGCAAGCAACUGUGUGUCUCUCUGGGUUUAGGUUUCACAUUAGAGCAAGCUUCUGUUCUGUCUCUUUAUCUGUGGCCACACACACACACACACAUAAGAGAGUCCCGCCCACAAACACGCACGAGAAAAAGAAAGAAACGAAACUAAACUGUUUGUAGAAUCCCUUUAACACCGAGCUCCUUGCUCUCCAUGCAAAUGGCAGAUGAACAGGACUCACGCGUGUGCUCGGUUUGCCUCCAGGACCUGCAGGAAAACAGCUGCCCUCGGUGUAAACAGAAUUCCUCAUGUGAGACAGAUCCAGAAGAAUAUGAGGCUCCAGCUGCAGAUCCAGAAGAAUAUGAGGCUCCAGCUGCAGAUCUGGAUGAUUCCAAUGCUUCUGCAUCAGAUCCAGACAGAUCUGUUGCUUGUGUUGCAGAGGCACUGGAGAGGACAGGCCUUCAGACAGAGCAAGCUGAGGACGUGGAGUGUGACUCUUGCAGUGAUAGAAAAGAGAAAGCCAUCAAAACAUGUCUGGUGUGUUUGGCGUCUUACUGUGAAACUCACCUCAGGUUGCACAAUGAACUGAAUGUGGGGAAAGCACACUUACUGGUGGACGUCACUGGAGAACUCCAAAAAAAGACGUGUCCCCAACAUCAUAAGCUCCUGGAGGUUUACUGCCGCACUGAGCGCCAGUGUAUCUGCUGCCUCUGCAUGCUGGACACCAACCACAGAGGACAUGACAUGGUCUCGGCUGCUACAGAACGAGCAGAGAAACAGAGGCAGCUGGAAAAGUCCAAGCAGAUGGUUACGGAUCGAGACACUGAGCUGAAGGAAACCCAAAAGGCAUCAUGUUGCAUCAGGAACCUGACUCAAGCCACAGAGGAAGAAGGUGACCGGAUCUUCACCGAACUGCUCAGCUUUAUACGGAGAAGCCACACAGAGAUAAUUACGCUGGUCCAAAGUCAGAUGACCACGGAGUUGAACCGGAUUCAGGGACAUUCACAAGAUCUGGAACAAGAGAUCUCAAAGUUGAAGAGAAAGCAGUCCGAGGUGGAGCAGCUUUCACAUACUGAUGAUCACAUCUAUUUCCUCCAGGAGGUCCAAUCCCGCUGGCCGACUUCUAAUGACUUCCAAAGCCUGACAACUAAUCCACAGUUCUCUUUUGGAGAAGUGAUCAAGUCCCUCACCUCAUUAACAGCACAUAUAAAGGACAUUUGGAGACUGGAAACAACCCGGAUAUUCUCAGCAGUGACUGCAGAAAAGAUCCUACUGCCACAAGAACCCAAGACGAGGGAGGACUUUAUACAGUUUCUGGUUCCCUUGAGUCUGGACCCAAACACGGCCCACAGGAACCUUCGGUUAACAGAACAGAACCAGGCUGUGGCUUGCAGUAUUGAGCCCCAAUCAUAUCCAGAACAUCCGGACCGCUUUGAGUCGUGGGCCCAGGUGCUGAGCAAGGAAGGUCUGACAGGUCGCUGCUACUGGGAGGUGGUCUGGAGCGGACAGUACGGCGUCGACCUCGCAGUGUCAUACAAAGACAUCAACAGAACUGGGCAAGGAGACGACAGUGGGUUUGGGUACAACAGGCACUCCUGGAGUCUGGACUGUUCCAUGUUCAGAUACGCACUAGUGCACAACAACGAGGAGACGGAGAUCAGUGUACCCCUGUCCCACCGGAUCGGGGUGUAUCUGGACCACCGGGCAGGACAGCUGUCCUUCUACAGUGUCUCAGAUACCAUGAUCCUCCUUCACAAAGUCCAGACCAGGUUCACUCAACCUCUUUAUCCAGGAUUUGGGCUCUUUCAGGGCUCAACUGAGGUCCAAUCCCGCUGGCCGACUUCUAAUGACUUCCAAAGCCUGACAACUAAUCCACAGUUCUCUUUUGGAGAAGUGAUCAAGUCCCUCACCUCAUUAACAGCACAUAUAAAGGACAUUUGGAGACUGGAAACAACCCGGAUAUUCUCAGCAGUGUUAGCAUCAUCUGAGGUCUUCUGGGGGGUUGGCAUCAUCUCUGGCAUCGUAAGGGUUGGAUCCAGACUAAAGCUUCUGUAA